GUGGUGAGCGCGGGCCGUUAGGAGUGCGUGCGUGCGAGGGGCUUACGAAGGCUGCUGGUGUAGAGGCUCCCAGGCCAGGUCUUUUUGUCGUUGGAGAGGGACACUCACCCUCACUCUGCGUGCUGUCUCCCCGUCUGUGUGCUGUGAUCUCCUCUGUGAGAGAAGGGCCAGGAAGCGUCUGCGGGAUGCUUGAGGUCCUGGUGCUGAAGAUUGAAGAUCCAGGUUGCUUCUGGGUAAUUAUAAAAGGAUGUAGUCAUUUUUUAGAACAAGAAGUUGACUACCAAAAACUAAACAGUGCCAUGAAUGACUUCUAUAACAGCAUGUGUCAAGAUGUAGAAAUGAAACCAUUAAUGCUGGAAGAAGGGCAGGUGUGUGUGGUGUACUGCCAGGAGCUGAAGUGCUGGUGCAGGGCUCUGAUUAAGUCCAUCAUCUCUUCUGCAGACCAUUACCUGGCAGAGUGUUUCCUGGUGGAUUUUGCCAAGUAUAUUCCAGUAAAAUCUAAAAACAUCCGAGUUGCAGUAGAGUCUUUUAUGCAGCUUCCUUACAGAGCAAAAAAAUUCAGACUUUACGGUACAAAGCCUGUGACAUUGCACAUUGACUUCUGUGAAGACAAUGCUGAGAUUGUACCUGCCACAAAAUGGGACAGUGCAGCCAUCCAGUACUUUCAGAGCAUUGUAAGAGCAACUACCCAAGUGGAAGCAAAACUAUGUGCUGUGGAAGAAGAUACUUUUGAGGUUUACCUUUAUGCAACAAUAAAAAAUGAAAAAGUUUGUGUUAAUGAUGACCUAGUUGCAAAGAAUUUUGCUUAUUAUGUGUCACCAAUGGGGAAUAAAAACCUCAAUAAUUUGGAGAAACCCAGGCAGCGUCUCAAUUCGGUGCCCUGCUCCAGUAAGCUCAGCCCAUCACUUACUCUGUGGCCAAUGCUUCUACAAGGAAAAGACUAUCACAGAGUGGAAAGUAAAGCUGUAAACUAUAAGGAUUCCUUGACAGACUCGCCUGAAAUGAUGCUUGAGAAGAAGCAGCAGAGCCUCCCCUUAAAGCACAUGGACAAGUGUAUUGAAUCUUCUGUGUACUGGCCAACAAAAAGAGGCAUAACCAUAUAUGCUGAUCCAGAUGUUCCAUCAGGAAGUGGGUCUAGCCAGAAGCCGAAUGAGAAGCCACGGCGGUUGACUGAAAAGAAAGACUGUGACGAGAAGAACGGCUGUGUAAAAUUACUGCAGUUUCUAAAUCCUGAUCCUUUGAGAGCUGAUGGGACCUCUGACCUGCACCAGUUGCAGAAGGUGAAGCUGGGCACACUGCAGCCUGGGGUGGUGCUCCGGAACAGGAUCGAGCCCUGCCUAACCCUGGAGAAAUCACCUCUGUCGGCGGACCUGAAGAAGGCUCUUCAAAGAAACAAGUUCCCAGGACCCAGCCACACCGCAUCUUACUCCUGGCCUCCUAUUGCACGUGGCUGUGAUAUGGUUGUCAUUUCUCACUGUGGGAAUGACCCCUUGUUGUACCUGCCACCGCUGCUUACGAUUUUGCAGAUGGGGGGCUGCUACAAGUCAUUACCAAGUAGAAAUGGACCUCUUGCAGUCAUCGUGUGUCCUGGGUGGAAAAAGGCUCAGUUUAUUUUUGAGUUAUUGGGAGACUAUAGCAUGUCCUCCAGGCCUCUUCAUCCUGUGUUAUUAACAAUUGGACUUCACAAAGAUGAAGCCAAAAAUAUGAAGCUUCCAAGGGGGUGUGAUGUGAUUGUCACAACGCCACACAGCCUUUUGAGACUUCUUACGUACCGAAGCUUGUUAUUCCUUAGACUCUGCCACCUGGUUCUGGAUGAAGUGCACGUGCUGUUCUUUGAAGCUAAUGAGCAAAUGUUUGCCAUAUUAGAUAACUUUAAAAAAAACGUUGAAGUGGAGGAGCGGGAGUCUGCACCCCACCAGAUUGUAGCCGUGGGUGUUCACUGGAACAGACACAUAGACCAUCUAGUCAGAGAGUUCAUGAAGGAUCCUUACGUCGUGAUCACCGCCUUGGAGGAGGCUGCCCUCUAUGGCAGUGUUCAGCAGGUAGUGCAUCUGUGCCUGGAGUGUGAGAAGACCUCUACUUUACUCCAAGUUCUUGACUUUGUUCCAAGUCAGGCCCAGAAGACCUUGAUCUUCACCUGUUCUGUAGCAGAGACAGAGAUUGUAUGUAAGGUAGUAGAAAGCAAUUCAAUAUUUUGCUUGAAAAUGCAUAAAGAGAUGACUUUUAAUUUAAAAAGUAUUUUGGAGCAGUGGAAGAAGAAGUUAAGCCCUGGCUCCCACAUUGUGUUAACCUUAACAGAUGACUGCAUACCACUCCUGGCCAUCACCGAUGCCACGUGCGUGAUUCACUUCAGCUUUCCUUCCUCACCAAAAAUAUUUGGUGGACGCCUGUAUUGCAUGUCUGAUCAUUUUCAGAGUUUAACUGAACAGGGUUCACCUGCAGAGCAGGGAGAUAAGAAAACUAAAUCUGUCUUGCUGCUGACGGAGAGGAAUGCAAGCCAUGCUGUUGGUGUCCUGCGAUACUUGGAGCGAGCAGAUGCCAAAAUUCCAUCAGAGCUGUAUGAGUUUACAGCAGGGGUCCUGGAAGCCAAAGAAGAUAAGAAGGCCAGAAGACCUCUUUGUCCAUAUCUUAAAGCUUUUGGCUUUUGCAAAGACAAAAGGAUCUGUCCUGACCGGCACCACAUUAAUCCAGAAAUGGACAUCCCAAGGAAAUUAUCCAGUAAAACACUACCAGUGUUUGGACACAUUAGGGUAAUACCUUUUUACAUUUCAAAUGCAACCAAUUACUUUGGUCGUAUAAUUGAUAAACAUGUGGAUCUUUAUGAAACUCUUAAUGCAGAAAUGAAUGAAUAUUUUAAGGAGUCCAGUAAUAAAACAGCUGCUAAAAAGGUGGAGAAUUUGGGGUUGUAUGGAUUAGAAGAAAAAACACUUUUCCAGAGGGUUCAGGUGUUGGACGUGAGCCAGAAGGAAGACACCUGGGGUUUGGGGAGUGUCCUGGUGAAAUUCAUAGAUGAAGGCAGGACCAAGCUCAUCACAAGAGACCAGCUGCUGCUGCUCCCUGAGAAGUUCCACACUCUGCCCCCUCAGGCUGUGGAGUUCAUUGUUUGUAGGGUUAAACCAGCUGACAGUGAAAUUGAAUGGAACCCAAAGGUUACCAGAUACAUCCACCAUAAAAUUGUUGGGAAAACGCAUGAUGCUAAAGUAGUGCUGGCUCUGGGAAACACCCUUUGGAUCGACCCAAUGGUACAUGUUACAAAACUUUCAAAUCUAAAAACUUCUAUCAUUGAUUAUAAUGUUCGAGCUGAAAUUUUAUCCAUGGGAAUGGGUAUUGAUAAUUCAGAACACCUAGAACAACUGAAAAAACUAUACAAAGAAGCUAAACUGCCAGCCUUUGAGGACCUUCCGUGCCAGACCUCGAUACCUACAACAGUAGAAGACACCGUGUGUUUGCAGGGCACUCAGCAAGGAGACGGAGGUACAGAAAGAGGAGCUGGUUUCCAGGAGGACUCAGAUAACCAAAAGCCUGGAGUUUUAUCUGGAGACAUUGGCAGCGAGACCAUUAGCAAAGCUCCACAGCCACAUGGAAGAAGCUUUCACCCACAAAUAAAGUGGUUCCAAAAAGAUGAUGUGGUCAUCUUAAAGAUAAAAAUAAGGAAUGUCAAAGAUUAUAAGUGUAAAUUCUUUACAGAUAGAGUCAUUUUCAGUGCCUGGGUAGGAGACAAGUUUUACUUGGCUGAUCUGGAACUGCAAGGUGACAUAAGGAAAGAUGACUGCAAAUGCAUAAUUAAGGAUGAUGAACCUCUAAUCACACUUGCAAAAGAGAAACAGGAGUGCUGGUGUGGCCUCCUCAAGCAGAGGAAUCCUAAUGUGGCUUUUGACUUUGACCACUGGGAGGAGUAUGAGGAGGACAGCCCUUUCUCCAAGGUUGUAAAUUCUAAAAACCUGUCCUGCAAAGUGGCAGCGUUGGCUGAGAGCAGCGGUUCCUCUUCAGACACUACUGAUGGAAGUGAGAGUGAGUGAGGCCGUGAGUGAACCAACGCCACGGUGAGAAGACAAGGCAGAAGUGGACACAUGAGUCAUGGCUAACUCCUUCACCUGGACAGUGGCUUGUCACUGUCAUUGUGUGGCACUGCCAUGGAUGUCAAUGAGAGAUUCUUAAUUGACUUAAAGUGGGUAGACAUGCCAGGUUAUGAUAAGAUUGUCAAAGCAAAGUCCAGGAAGGGUCUGCAAUCAGGGGCACAGAAAGUUAGAGACAUUUUUUUGGUUUUGUUUUGUUUUUUUUGUUGUUUUUGUUUUUCGAGACAGGGUUUCUCUGUGUAGCCCUGGCUGUCCUGGAACUCACUCUGUAGACCAGGCUGGCCUCGAACUCAGAAAUCCGCCUGCCUCUGCCUCCCAGAUGCUAGGAUUAAAGGCGUACGCCACCAUUGCCCUGCAAGUUAGAGACAUUUUAAAUUCAAACAUUCAAGAGAUUGAGGCAUGAGGAUUGCAAGUUUGAGGGCAGCCUGGCCUGUAUAGGGAGGUUCUGUUUCCAAAAAUGUCUCUUCAAGCAAAGGUCCAGUGUAAGGCACGCUCGUGCAGUGUGUGCUCAGUGAGUCUCCGCUCAUCCCGACUACUCCAUGUAGAACCGGAGGGCGAGCAUCCCUGCCUGACAUUAGGUAGUAGAUUGUCCGUGUAAGGAGUUAGUUUACUCCUUUGCUGUGUAGACCUGAGCGUGACACUGCUCAGAGCUUGUCUCACACACAGAAACUGAAGUUCCCAUCUACACUUUUACAAACCCAGCCCUGCUUGCCGGCCCCUAUCACCAUGGGAGGGACCUAAGUGCACCUACUGCUGCCACACAAAUACCCCCUACAUUUUCCUGGCUUUGAUAGCUUCUAAGAGAUGCAAAUUCACUUCUUUUCCCAAAGGCAAGAUAGACUCAGCAGGACCAAAUGACUUACAGGCCGCUGGGCAGAACUUGCUUUCAGAAAUGCUAACAUAGUGCUUGUUGUUAACACUCAGAGUGCCCCAUGAGGUGAGUCCUGAGAACACUAAUGGCAACUUUGAAUGCAGCUGUAACACUCUGGUUUGGGGAAGGGGUGUGUGCAGUUAUCAUUUAAAUGCCACUGAAAUAAUUGGGAGGGUGAGCCUCUGGGUACUUCACAACCCUGUGUCUUAGCAUUUCUGCAUCAGCUUCCCUAGAAGUGAGAAGGGGCCUGGAUGAGACCGCACUGCUGAGUGACUACCCCAAGCGCUUACUCCUCUUCAUAUCAGAAAGGAUGGAUAUCCCAGGAUGUGCCCAUGCCUGUAAUUCCAGCUUUUGAGAGGUGGAGACAGGAGGAUCUAGAAGUGUCAGGCCAGCAUGGGCUACAUAAGAACCAGUGUCAAAAAAACUGAAGAAAAAAAUAAAAAGAAACACAGAUGGUCAAGACUUCUGUUACUCCAGGAGUGAGCCGCUGCAGAGUUGAGGCUCUCUGUGCCAGGAGCAGGGCUGGGCCCACUGGCUCUUGGUUUUCUUAUCUGUAAAAUAAGAUCUCAGCACACGCAGCCCAAGAUAGUCCAGGGUGCUGUGGGGUAGACACCUGGCUUUCACAGUGACUGUGAGAAGGGUCAGACCUCUGCCAGUGGUCAGAGACUGCCCAGCCUGGGCAGCUACCAGGAGGACAUCCUUUUUGCUGCUAUGACUCUCAGGUUGAUAGGCUGGUAUCAGAGUGGCCAUAAUGCAAAGUGGCUCUUGAGACAGCAGAAAGCAUGGUGUCUUGCUGGAACAAUUCAGCUGUGAGGCUGGGCGUGGUCAGUGUCCAUUUGUACAAACGCAGGUCCCCCCAGCUGGUGAAGGGCUGUGGUGGCACUGAACACUGAGUGCAAGUGGCAGGCUGUCCCAGAAAACCCAAGGAAAUGGGACACAGCUCUGUUUACAUCAUUUUUUUCAGGUGGUCAGAUUUUCCAAUACUUAAACCUCUGAGCAGUAUCUUGUAGCACAUGGGAGACUGGCUAUGCAAACAUCAGCUAUUGUUUUCCUAUAUUAGAUUAAACUGUGCUGAUUGAGGUAGAUUUCUGAAAUGUGACAUGGAAAUGCUUGAGGAGUUUGUGCUCUAGAAUUGCUCCCAUAUGAUACGAGUGUCUUGUCUUUGCAGUGGAUCAUCAAUAAAGCGCCAGUGUAAUGUUGGUCACA